AUCAAACGUCACUGCGCAGACCUGUCCUUUUAAACAGGCACCACGUCGAGGCACUCUAUCCCCCACCGCCCCUUCCAUGACGACUCGACUCUUCCUCUCGAUUUUGACGUUGGCUACGUCUGCGCUAGCUGCUGGGGGAAGGAGCGAUGACACACCAAUUGGUGGAUAUGUGCCCAGUAAAUCACUCUCGAUCACCGGAGUCGUGUUGUAUGGAUUGUCGGCACUCGUGAUGUGGGCCCAAUUCGCCCUUGUGCGACCGAGACGCCCUUUCAUGCUUACCUUGACUCUUGGAAUGACUGCCAUGACCGUCGGAUUCAUUCUCCGAUACCUCUACGCUACCCCGCCGUUCACGUUGGGCAAGUACAUUGCCUGGGAUAUGUUCAUCUUGCUUUCGCCUUGUCUCUUCCUGGCCACAGACUACAUGAUCCUCUCCCGCCUCGCCGCCACCUUCAGUUCCGAUGUCGUCUCCCGGUGCUUGGCCAUCCGCCCGACCCGCGUCGUCAGGAUAUUCGUCUGGAGCGACGUCCUCACCUUCUUUUUGCAAAGCUCCGGAGGAGGAUUGACCGCGUCCAAGAGUGCGAGCUCGGCCAAGCUGGGAACCACGAUCGCCUUGAUUGGGCUGAUCCUCCAGGCCGUCUCGUUCCUGCUGUUCACGUUCCUUAUGCUCACCUUUGCCUUCCGAGUGUCGAAACACUUCCCCCAUAUCUGGCAAGCUGAAUACGCCGAGCCUUUCAGGAUUUUCUCAACUCGACCCGUCGGAGACUGGCGGAUCCUCAUCUUCAUGAUGAGCGCUACCUGCGUCGGAAUCUUGACGCGGUCCGUGUUCCGAAUCGUCGAAUAUGCUGGCGGAUACAACGGAUAUGUGGCCACUCACGAAUCGUUCUUCUACCUCUUCGACGCGCUCCCGCUGUGGCUUUCCAUGUCGCUGUACUGCUUCGUUUGGCCCACGCGGUUCCUUCACGGUCGCGCGGAGAAUGUCGCGCUUGGUACGGACCCCAAGUCGCAUGGACUUGUUGAAGUUUAGAUCGGACUUCUUUGUAUACCCUAAUGUAUCUGUCUCAGUAGAUAGAGUAGAGUUUGUAAUUAUAUAUUAGAUGCUAGCUGUGAAAAUUCAUG